AUGCCUCCCAGAAGAACCACCACUCCUGCGUCUAAAAACGCAAAAAAAACCGAUACCGCUAAAUCAGCUUCCAACAAGGCUGCUGCUGCUCGAGCUGCCGGCAAAACAAGAGAUAAAUCGAACUCAGCUGAACAAGAGGACACCAAUCAAGAUUCCGAGAAAAGCCCUCCCAAAAAGAAGGCUGCUGCCAAAAAAUCUAAUGUGGUGGAUUUAGCAAGUGAGGAGGGCGACGAUCAAGAGUCAAGAUCCAGAGGAAGAUCAGAAGGUCAAGAUCCAGAAGAAGAUCAGAGCAACGGCGAAGGCGCUGGGACAGGUCCAGCUAGUAAGAAAGCUGGUAAGAAAGCUCCAGCCAAAGCUGGCAAGAAAGCUCCGGCUAAAGUUGGCGCAAGAAAAGGCAAGAAACGUGGUAAGAAGACUGCUGAUGAAGAAGAAGAGGAGGAAGAAUAUCAGCCCACUGAUGACGAGGAUACCACAAAGAUUACCAAAAAGGGUAGAAAGAGCGAUAACAAGCUCACUCUCCUCUACAACACGGAUUCCGCUGUCGAUGUGUUGAAAACUUUCGCCAAAGGUGAAGGUAUCCCAUCAGGGAUGCAACCCUCUGAGCUGUCCGCCUACCUCGCGGCUCAGCAAGUCUCAAAUACCAGUAGAUCUUUACGAUUGAAAGAGUCUGAAUUAGCUUUCAGUGCAGCAGAUGCCAAGAUUCGUAUCGGUCAAGUAGAGACAUCACAAGCGCUUGUGGCCACCCUCUUGAACUCUGAUAUAUUCACCGGAGACGAUCACCUGAAGGAGGACAUUCUCACCCAAUUGGAGAGUACCAAAAAUGACUUGAAUAGAGUCACAAUGGAUCUGGAGGACUACGAGGAAGGGUUAGAUAGGUUGGUCAAAGAUGGAAAAGUCAGUGCAGAUGCAGACAAAGACAAUGACGGAGACGGAGACGGAGACGGAGACGGAGACAGAGACAGAGACGAAGACAGAGACAGAGACGAAGACGAAGACGAAGACGAAGACAGAUAG